UGUAAUGUCUUGUAUUGCAUCAUUUUAUUAUUUUGAAUUAAGCAGUGGGAUUUAAAUGCUAAACUUUAAAUUGCAGCGACAAAAAUAAACACUAUAAAUGUCUAAAUAAUGCUGGGAGAUGCAGUUUCAAUUGAACAGUGUAAAGUUCAAGAAUUUACUGUUGGUUAUCAUAGUAAUUCAAGCAAUUGCAUUCCUGUCUUAUUAUAGACUUGCACCUAAAAAUGUUACUUCUAAACCAGUGGUAUAUAUGGCAGGAGAAACUUUAGAUUACAGUGGUGAAUACAGAAUUGUGCAAUUUUACAAGUAUCAAGGUGUAAGCCUUGAAUAUCGGUUUUAUGAUGUUUCUCUCGCAACACAAUGUUCCGUAAACCAUCUUCACCACUUGGUAGAGCUGUUGGACAGAUGGGACGGGCCAGUUUCAUGUUCAGUGUUCGUUCCUAAUCAGGAUGCUAGUUUUGCAGAUGAUGCAAUUAAAAGAUUACGUCAAUGUUUUCCUAAAAUUAAUCGACACGUUUCAUUUCAUCUUGUUUAUCCUUCAACACAUAUUGCAGAUCUCAGUUUGGUGGGAACUUGGUUGGAGCUGUCUUGUUCAGAACUUCUUGUCAGACUUGAAAACUUUGGUUACCAGAAUUACGAUGUAGCUGGAAUCUCUUUCCCCCACAAUGCAUUGCGAAACGCAGCUCGUAGUGGAGUUCUGACACAGUAUGUUCUUUUGGUUGAUAUUGAUGUGAUGCCAAAUGUUGGUUUAAGAAAUCAGUUUAUUGAAUUUGCAAAUCGUAACUCACUCUUCAAUACCUCUGUGAUGGAUCUAACAGCUUAUGUUGUUCCUGUAUUUGAAGUUCUCGCUGGCUUGGAAUUUCCAAAAGACAAAAAACAACUCUUAAAUGGGGUUGAAAAUGGUUCCGUUCGGCCUUUUCAUAACGAAACUUGCUGGUGGUGUCAUAAAACUGAAGACUUUGACAGGUGGAAGUCAUUUCCACAGGGUGAAAAUCUCAAUGUAGCAUUCAUAGCAGAAUGGGACAAAAGCUGGGAGCCAUUCUACAUAGCUCGACGUGAUGUACCUAUGUUUGACGAACGAUUUAAACAAUAUGGCUUUGACAGAAUUCAACAGAUUUGUGAAAUGUAUGUGGCUGGUUACAGCUUUUCUGUGUUGGACAAUGCAUUUCUUACCCAUCAUGGUUGGAAAACUGCUGGUGGAUUCUACGCAAAGAAAGAUUCUGACAACGCACAAAACUGGAUUUUAUUUAACUACCACUUCAAGGACAAUCUUUUAACAAAGUAUUCAACGAAUAGAACCUGUUCACCCAUUAAACCAUGGAUUCCAAAAAAUAAAAGGAAAUUCUCCCAAGCCUUAGCGUAGCGUUCGACGAAAACAGGUUUUGCUUAUGAAGUGUUUGCCAGCGUGUCGUUGAAUGAACAACGUUGCUAUGACGGUGGGUUAACGUCCACAUAUAACUGGUUUCUUGGAACCAACGCUUUGGAUGGCGAAAUGAUUGUAGCAGCUACUGCUAUGAUGUAUGCGGCCUGUUGUCAAAUGUUCUUCUUAAAGCUAUUGACAACUCAUUAGUAUUGACACAUCUUUGUUUGGGGUAUACACAAAUAUAAUACUAUGAUAGCUGUUUUACCAAAGGCUAGGCAUCCCUAGAAUUACGCGCAUUUGUAUUUGCUUUCCUCUGAAUGGUCCGUACACGAGCAUAAGUUCGUGUCUAUUUCAUUGGAGAAAGACCUUAACAAUAUUUUUGUGUAUAAACAACAUUAGGUAAAAACACUGUAAUUGCACAAACCACUUACGAUAUGUCAUAGGUGCAUCAAAUGUUUCUUCAUUUAAUAGUUGGUCAGUUGUUAUAUAUACUUUUUAUACUUAACUU